AAACGUCGUUUGUAGGAAGAAGAAGCCGAUUCUGGAAGCCAUUACGCUGCGCUCAUAAAGUAAGCAAAUCCCACUAUUUUUGCGUACAUUACGCACAUUUACCUCUGUCAGGAGGAUUUUCUGCGGCUAUGGCUUCAGCCGCCAAGAAGAGGAAGAUGAAUUUCUCGGAGCGGGAGGUGGAGAUCAUCGUGGAGGAAAUAGAGAAACAGAAGCAGACCCUGGUGAGCCACUUCAACGCCGGAGUCAGUCACAUGGCCAAGAACAACGCCUGGAUGGACAUCCUGAGGAAGGUGAACGCCGUCACCACCUGUCCCAGAGAGCUGCCCGAGGUCAAGAAGAAGUGGUCCGACAUGAAGACCGAGGUCCGCAGGAAGGUGGCCCAGGCCCGGGCCGCCAUCGAGGGCACGGCCGCGGACUGCGCUCCUGUCCCGGUCAUCCUCACCGCCAUGCAGCAGCGGAUCUGCAACCUGCUGGGAGAGGCGACCAUCAUCAGCCUGCCUGCCGGGGAGCAGGAUGCGGAGCUCGGCCUCCCGGUGAGCGCAGCGACCGCUGUCAGCCUGGCUGAAGCUCUUCCAGGAGCUCCAGAAACCGUCUGUGAGGACCCCAAAGCACUGACCCCUGAAGCGACCUACCACUCCCUGGAGGACGGAAGCGGGGUGGAGUUCUGCACCACCAUCGUUGGUGACUCCGCCUCCACCGUGGUGGCCACCGUCGAAGCUCCUGUGGAGAUGCUGGCCUCUUCUUUGGCCUCCCCGCCGCCGCCCCCCCAGCCUAAACCCCAGGAACUGAAGAGCCGCAUCGCCCUGAACUCCGCCCGCCUCCUGCAGGAGCAGAGGGUGACCAACGUGCACAUCCGACAGAUCGCCCAGCACCUGGAGGGACAGAACGAGCAGCUGCAGAUGGUGCGGCGCUGGCAGGAGGCCCAGGCGCUGGCUCAGGAGCGGCAGGCUCAGGCGCUGGAAGGGACUCAGGCGGCUCUGCUGGCGCUGGUCCAGAUGCUGCGUCCGGCGCUCAAAGACCUGAGGAAGUUCCUGCAGAGCGGGGCGGAGGCGGUGACCGGCGGCUCGGCGGCAGGAGCGUCGGGAACUUCGGGAGCGUCUGGAACGCUCGCUGAUGGAGCAGCAGCAGAGGAGCAGAACAAAUGUAAAAGUCCUCCUCCUGCUCCGCAGCAGAGCCAGGAGGCGGAGGAGGCGCCCACAGAAACUCAGCAGGAGAUGCCUUAAU